AUGACGAGUAGUAGCAGUACCAAUUGCAUAGAUGGAGAGACACCCUAUAAACAUGAUACACAUGAAAAGCAGGCAGAAAUAAUCGAAUAUGACGAUGCUGAAUACGCUGCUGGAACACUCAAAUCCGAGUUUAUACCGCCAACGCCCAAAGAACUGAAAGCCGUACUAUGGAAAUUAGAUCUGCGUAUUAUUCCGUUCCUUGGUUUACUUUAUCUUUGCUCUUUUUUGGAUCGUGUCAAUAUUGGCAAUGCAAAACUAGCCGGUAUCACGGCUGAUUUGAACAUCAGUCCGAGCGAUUACAAUCUUGCCUUAUCGAUCUUUUUUGUCGGUUAUAUCAUAUUCGAAGUUCCUUCCAAUCUGUUAUUAAAAAAGAUCGGUCCGAGCAAGUGGAUUCCCAUUGUAAUGAUUGCUUGGGGCACAGUGGUACCAGGCCUUUUCCCUGGUGUAAUUUUCUAUUUAACUUUAUGGUAUACAAGAGGUGAACAAGCAACUCGUGUAGCUUUGUUUUUCUCAUGCUCAACUUUGGCCGGAGCUUUCGGUGGUGUGUUGGCCUAUGGUAUCAUGCAAAUGGAUGGUCUUCGCGGGCUCACAGGAUGGCAGUGGAUUUUUAUCAUUGAAGCACUACCUACACUACUCCUUUCAUUUGCUGCGUACUAUUUUCUUCCUGACUUUCCAGAAAACUCAAAAUUCAUCAACGAACGUGAGCGCGAGAUCAUCAUUCAUCGCCUUAAAGAAGAUGCUGGACCAUCAACUGAAACACAUUUUUCUUGGAAACAAUUCCGUGCUGCCUUUACUGAUUGGCGUGUAUAUGUUCAUUCACUCAUCUACAUCUGUGGCUCCACCCCACUUUAUAGUUUAAGUUUAUUCUUGCCUAGCAUCAUUCAAGGCAUGGGAUUCACUGAUUUACGUGCACAGGCUAUGUCUGCUCCACCUUAUGCUAUUGCUUGUGCUGCAACUAUUUUGGUGGCGAUGCACGCUGAUAAACAUCGUGAGCGUGGUUUACAUGUCGCUAUUCCUGCAGCUCUAGGUGUCAUCGGUUAUGCUUUAUUAUAUGCUCUUCGUGACAAAGGCUCUGUAGCUAUGUAUAUUGCUGCUUGCAUUACUGUAACCGGUGUUUUCAGUCAUAUUCCUGCUAUGCUUUCAUGGUUCGGAAACAAUAUUGGUGGACAUACCAAACGAGGCGUUGCUUCAGCUAUCAUUAUUUCUAUCGGCAAUGUUGGAGGCGCUAUCGGUGGGCAGAUUUAUCGAGACGAUGAUAAGCCGAAAUACGACAAUCUUACUCCUGAGGAAUUUGCGAGAGAAGCAGAAGGCGAAGAUUUGUGUGAUAGACAUCCUGGUUUCAGAUACAUGACAUAG